AUGUCUGAUAAGAGCACCAUGAGUAGUCCGACGAUAUUCUCCGGCGACUUUUCCGACGAUGAAUGGGCAAACGAAAACUGGCCGGAAAUGGAGUUCCGAUCACCGGAAGACGAAGCCUGGUACGGCGUGGAGGUGUGGAGCUUGUGCGACGAUCUAGUUGUUAGCUUCAAAGGCUUCUCCUGCGAGUACGACGAGGUUUAUCCACCGGACGAUUUCAAGAACUCAGAGGAGAUCGAAGAGUUUGAACAGAGGUUUCGACCCACUUCAGUGCAGAUGCAAGACAUUGAGUGCCCGACCUUAUCAGAAGGCACAAACGUCUGCGCCACGUGUCCUUCCGUCACCGGAGAAGUGAAAUUCUACGACGCGAUCGUCGUUCGUGUGGAGAGGACGAAGCACGGUGGAGACGAGGAAGGCAGCGAAGUGUGUGGAUGCACAUUCCGUCUUUACUGGAAACAAGGACCUUGUCUUGGUCAAGUUACAUCUGCAAAAGUUGGAGACAUUUGUCUGAAAUCGGAUGAUAAUCGAUUGAAUCCAAAAGUGUUUUCUUUCUUGAAAGAAGCUAAAAGACAGCUUCAUGGAGGAGGAGGAGCAUCUUCUAGUGAUCAAGGGGAAGAGACGGAGUGGCAAAAGACACUUAGGAAAGUCAGUUCUGCUCUUCGAAACUACAGCUUGAGUUCCUCUGUUCCAGAGAAUCAAGGUUAA